AGAGCUCUGUCACUCUUCGGGUGUCGCUUAAGAGGAGGAGGAGGAGGAGGAGGAGGGGCGAAUGUGCCUGGUCUCUUGAGAGAGAGAGAGAGAGAGAGAGCGAGAGAGAGAGAGACCGAGAGAAGAGGAGGGGACAAGCUGACAGCAAUACAGGAAGAGCAGGGCUGGCAGACGAUGUGCUGCUAACUGAAGUACUAAUGCUCCAGACCAUUUACGAGGCCGACUCCUGUUUCUCUGCAGAAAGCAUCGGGAAACACCAGCUGCCUCUGACCCCUCACGACGCUGACAUGCACAACGUCAACAACUCAGUGGAUAUUAAACCAGAGGUUCCACUGGCUCUUGAUCCGGGCUCCCCACUGGACCUACGUACAGACGUUAGGAUGCAGGUUUCGGCCUCAGAUCCUACUGUGUGGGAAAGACAACUUCAACAAGAGCUGCUCCUCAUUCAGAAACAGCAGCAGAUUCAGAAACAGUUACUGAUUACUGAGUUCCAGAAGCAGCAUGAGAACCUGGUUCGCCAGCAUCAGGCCCAGAUACAAGAGCAUUUGAAGUUACAGCAGGAACUACUUGCUAUGAAGCAACAACAGGAUCAGCUGGAGAAAGAGAGGAAACUAGAGCUCCAGAGUCAGGAAAGAGAACUGGAGAGACAUCGCCGUGAACAACAAGUCCUGGUCCUCCGCAACAGAGAGAAGAGCAGAGAGAGUCUGACAGGUGCAGUGGCCAGCAAUGAGGUCAAGCAGAAACUCCAAGAGUUUCUGUUGAGUAAAUCCACCAAAGACGGUACAUCUAAUGGGAUCCCCCCAAAAAUCACACAGAGUUCCAAACUGUGGUACACGGCCUCCCAUCACACCUCUUUGGAGCAAAGUUCACCUCCUUUGGGAGGAGCGUCCUCCUCCUGCAAGAUCUCCCUGCCAUCCCCACAAGACUCCCGGUACGACUUUCCUCUGAGGAAGACAGUCUCAGAGCCCAAUCUGAAGGUGCGGUCCAGGUUAAAGCAGAAGGUUGCAGAGAGGAGGAGCAGCCCGCUCCUCAGGAGGAAGGAGGGGAGCAUCAUGACACCCUUCAAAAAGAGAGCCCUGGAGCUUCUGGAAUCCACAGCCAGCAGCAGUGCACCAGGAUCAGGGCCCAGUUCACCCAACGGGGCCUACAGUGCCUUGGGAGCUGAAAAUGGACCCUCCUCACUACCAGUCACCACACGUACUGAGCGGUGGCCGUCACAGCCGAGGUUAUUAGGGCCUGAAAGCUCAGUGUCUAUGUUAAAUCUCUAUACGUCUCCAUCGCUGCCCAAUAUCACCCUGGGCCUCUCAGCUGCCUCUUCUCCCAUCAGUGCUGCUUUAGGACUUCAGGAGAAGCAUUUUGAGGGUGGUGGCAUAUCAGCGGUCAUUCCGGGUUUGACCACACAUCUUCUGGGUCCAGUCCCCCUGUCUGUUGCUAUGGAGACCAAAGUGAGCAGCAGCCACCAAGCUCUCCUGCAGCACCUCCUCCAGAAAGAGCAGCUACGCCACCAAAAGAUCCUAUCUACUGGUCAAAGUCCUGUGCAUCUUCCUUCUCCGCUGGCCAUGAUGGAAAGCUCCCCGAGUAGCACCCGACCCAAACUGCCUCGUCACCGGCCCUUAAACCGAACCCAGUCGGCUCCACUACCCCAGAGCACACUAGCUCAACUUGUGAUUCAGCAGCAACACCAAAACUUUCUGGAGAAGCAGAAACAGUACCAGCAACAGGUCCACAUCAACCAGAUGAUUUCGAAAUCAAUUGAGCAGCUUCGUCUGCCAAACGCCCACCUGCAGGAGUCAGAGGAGGAAGAGGGAGAGGAUUUUUAUGACCAGGCCAUGCAGGAGGACAGAUCGCCCUCUGGUGGCGUCAUCCGGAAGCACAGUCCCGACAGCAACCGCAGCAACAUCUCUGCUUCACACACAGUCAUCCGGGUGAAAGAGGAGCCCAAUGCCAGUGAUGAUGAGACAAUGGCCACUCAGAGCCUGGCCAACAAGCAGAGCUCCUACAUUCACCAGGUUAAAGGGAGGGUGGUGAUACAGGCCAUGAUAUGAAACGACAGAUACGUCUUCACACUCGCACAUGAAGGCACAGGCUAACAUACACGCCAUAUGCUUACACGACACAGAGCCAUUGCUUUGGAAGCUUCAGAACUGAUCUCAUUCGUGAACUUGUGAAGUGAUCUCUGUAUUGUACGUUGUAUGUUUUGUACAUAAUCAAAUAAGAUGAGAAUUUAGCUAACUUGGUCUUUUAAAUGCUAAGAAGCAGUUUUUGAUUGUUUGUUGAAAUGAUAAUUUAAGAAAUCCUUUCUACUUUCUACCCACCCUUUGGAAAACAGCAACUCAAAGCUCUUGUAGGAUAUUUCUGUGAUUUUUUUCCCAUGGCACUAUGGAUUUCUUAUAGAUCUUUCUUUGCUUUUUAUGAAUGUUAUUAUAAAGAUAUUUCACAGUUUGUAUGAUGAAAAAAAAUAACUUCAUAAUUUGUUGAGAGACUCCCAAAUUGUCUGGAAACAAGUCAGUAACCAUGAAACUCCACACAACAACAGAAUAAAAUGAAUAUUUUAGGUUCAACACAAGUUAAACUCUAUCGACAGCACUUGUAGAGUAAUGUUGAUUACCACAAAAAAUAUAUAAUAUAAUAAUUUUAUAAAAAUUUUAAUUCAUUGUUCUACUGAAACUUGUCUGUUAUUUGAGUUGUUAGUAAGCAAAUUUUCAGACUUCUAUCAUGUUAACAUGACACAGCAUAUUGUUUAUGUUUUAUUGAAAUGUUAAGUAUUUUAACAAAUUGGCCUCAUUCAUUUUUGGCAUUGUUGUAGUAAUCAAUAUCAUGCUAAGUGCUGUUGAUUAUGCUUAACCUGGAAUAUUCCUUUAACAGUUAGAACAAGCUCUAAAGUGACAUUCUGUGUUCCCUGUUCUCCUGUGGCCCAAAUCGAAGGCUGCCCUGGAUUGAACAGCGCUCUGCUCCUUGCUGAAUUCUGAGAGUUGUAGAGGAAAUGCCUGGUGGAAGCCAGGAAUCAGAAUGAUUCAUGAGCGCAGGAAUGCUGGGAGAGGACAACUCCACGCUGAAGUCAGAGGGCCCAGCAGUGAGCUCUGAUUUACUGUUGAGGCAAAUUACAAAGUGAGUGAGGAGACGGCGGGGGGAGGCCCCUUUUAAAACCAAUCAUUUCCUCUGUAUUCCCACGUGAUGUGUUUACCACGACAUGCAGGCUUGAUGUUACUUUGGUAGAAAAAAAAAGGUAAUCGUUCUGUUCUCUCCUGAGGCAGCAUUGCCAUUCAUUGGCUGUCUUCAUGAAGUGCUCGGUUCAACUUGCGUGAUAGUUUCAAGAAAUGUACUAUCGUCAUUUUUUGUUAGCGUGCCAUCUUUACUGUGUUUUUCUUUUUUAUAUUUCAAGCAUUUGGUGUAAAACUGUUCAGUUUUGUGACUGAGAUCCUCUGAAAAACAUAAAAAAAAAUAAAACAACUCAAAGAGGAAAACAUGUUUAAUUGAUGUGAGCCAUCACUCUGUCUACAAAUAGCCUGUGAGUCAAACUGAGCUAGCCUGUUUCGUUCCUGUUGUCUGUUCCACUGUUCUGGAUGUUAAUAAGAACUGUCCGCUAGCGACAGAAUGUCUCAUUUAGUACACGUUCCCUUCUGUCACAGAUCACCUUUUUUAAAUAAAGUUCUUUUCCAUCCUGUA